AAAACUUUUUUUUUUUGUAUCGGAGGAAUCAACAGCCGCCAUCUUGACGCGGCUCAGAAUCGGGAUUUCGGGGGGAGCAUUAAUUUUAAAAACCGAUCGGAGCUCUCCAGACCGGACUCAAACGGCUUUUUUCGUGCAGAAAAUCGAAGUGUUAGUUCUUCUGAUGAGAAUUAAUGCAAACAUGUGAGGAUUAAAUGGGUUUUUAUCGUCUCGAAAGCCCACUGUAUAUUUGAUUUCCCUUUUAGAGAGCGCCGCUUCUCGCCGUAUCUCCGUCCCGAGACGCUGUAUUUACCGGGAGACAGCGACGAGAAAAAUAAUCCACCUCAUAGAAAAUAUUUUUUGAAUUUUGUUCUUUUUAUUUAAGCCCAAAAUAGAUUUUAUGGCCGUUUGUUUCGACUGCGAAAAAAAUGAUUCUGUACAGACGUGAAACCGGCGAUCUGCGGAGAAAGGGAUUUUCUUACGCUUUGUGUAAUAUUUUAUGAUUGAUUUUUAUUUAUUUUUCUCGAACUGAAAUAAUUUUUGGACGUAAUUAUUGAGGAUAAUUAUGUGGGUGUUGGGUGUUGGAUUAUCAUGGGGUGAUCUUCGGCGGCGGAGCGUGGCGCUGUUGCCUUUCUUUUGAAACCAUUUUCUCCAGGCAGCAUUUCGCCAGUCUGCCAGUCAAGAAAAAAAAAAAAAAAAAACAGUUAAAUUGCUCUUUUACGCGCAACGUUAGGAAAAGUUACUAGUUGUUACGAGCCAUAGGCCGACAAGUUGGACAGAUCCUGCUGUUAUUUUCCCGCAUCAUCAUCCAUUCAUAAUAUUUGCCGACCAGGAUGGCUGACAAUCUGCUGGAUGUCGGACCCCCCACUGCAAAGCGACCCAAGCUUAAUUCACCUCUCUCGGGAUCAGACGGCCCAGAUCUUGUGUCUCUGUUUGACCUGGAAAAUGACCUUCCAGAUGAGCUCAUUCCCAAUGGAGACCUGGGAAUGGGAAUGUCAUCUAACGGUGGUCCAGGUGGAGGGGGUCCUGGUCUCAACUCCAUUGUUCCUGAUGCAGCUGCCAAACACAAGCAGUUGUCUGAGCUCCUGCGACCAGGAAGUUCCUCCAUCUUGGCAGGUGGCCACAACUCUGCCAGUCCCCAACAGGGAGGCAUGGUGGGAAGCCAGCUAGGCGCUGUGCUUGGUAAAAGUCCAAUGGGGCAAGGCUCCCCCAAUCACCAGUCUCCUCAGGGCCAGAAAGGAGGUGCUGCAGCUGGACAAGGCAAUGGAAGCACAGGCAUGGGCUUCAACCAGGCCAUGUUGAACAGUGGGCAGGGUCACGGGGUCAUGGGCCAGACAGGACAGGUGAUGAAUGGGGCUCUGGGACCGGCAGGACGGGGGAGACCUGGAGCCGGCAUGCAGUACCAAGGCCAAGGUAUGCAGGGGGCACAAGUGGGUGCUGGACCUGGUGUUGGAGGCAGCGUGCUGGCAGAGACACUUACCCAAGGAGGGCCACAGAUGGGUGCACAUAAUGCGUUGAAUGCUCAGCAAACUGGAAACAUGAAUAAGAUGGGGAUGUCAGGAGCUCCAUUUGGCCAGCAGUAUGGUCAGGCUGGAGUGCAGCAGAUGGGGGCAGCGGGGGUCAAUGCUCAACAACUCCAGAACAAGACAGCCCUUUCAAACAACCUGCCCCAAUUCCCUGCGGAGCUGAAGGGAGCUGGGAGUGUGCCAAACAUGAUGCAGCAGCAGGUAGCAUCGGUGGGCAUGGUCCCUGGGGCUGGAGCUGUGUCAGCAGGCCCAACGGCUGACCCUGAGAAGCGCAAACUCAUUCAGCAGCAGCUGGUCCUGUUGCUCCAUGCACAUAAGUGCCAGCGGCGGGAGCAGGCCAAUGGGGAGGUGAGGGCCUGCACUCUGCCCCACUGCCGCACCAUGAAGAACGUCCUCAACCACAUGACCCACUGCCAGGCUGGCAAGUCCUGCCAGGUGGCUCACUGUGCAUCAUCCAGACAGAUCAUCUCCCACUGGAAGAACUGUACGCGGCACGACUGUCCGGUCUGCCUGCCUUUAAAGAAUGCUAGUGACAAGAGGAACCAGCAGCCCAUGCUAAGUUCCCCUGGGGCUGGCCUGCAGAAUGCCAUCAGCACAGUCGGACCUGGCCAGCCUAGUGCCACAGCCAUCAACAGUGCUGCCACACACAUUGACCCCAGCUCCAUGCAGAGGGCCUAUGCUGCCCUGGGCCUGCCGUAUGGGAACCAACCCUCUGCUCAGGUCCAGGGACAGGGUCCAGCUCAGCAAAACCCCCAGGGCCCCCAGCACCAGCAGCUGCGAAAUAUGAACCCAUUAGGCACUAAUCAGAUGAACCAGAUGGCCGGAGGCAUGGGUGUCCCCUCUUCAGACCAGACUGGCAUGCACUCCGAUUCCUCUCUACCCUCUACACUCAACAAUCAGCUGAUGCCAGAUGGGUCAGUAGCAGGAGGCAUGGGAAACCUGCCCACUGCCACCCCUCUGUCUGCUUCAGGGGUAAGGAAGGCCUGGCAUGAACACGUCACUCAGGACCUGCGCACCCACCUGGUGCACAAACUAGUACAAGCCAUAUUCCCCACCCCAGACCCUGCAGCACUGAAGGACCGACGAAUGGAGAACCUGGUGGCGUAUGCACGCAAGGUUGAGGGUGACAUGUAUGAGUCAGCUAACAGCAGGGAUGAGUAUUACCACUUCCUGGCAGAAAAAAUUUACAAGAUCCAGAAGGAACUAGAGGAGAAGAGGCGCUCACGGCUCCAGAAACAGCCUGGCAUGGUGGGCACAGCUGGGCCUCAGCAGCCUGGUAUGGCUCAGCCCAAUACCAUGGGCCCAGGACAGGCUGUCCGACCUCCCAAUGGACCUGUGCCUAUGCCCAACAUGCCAAAUCAGAUAAUGAACCGUAUGCAGGUGCCCCAAGGAAUCGGUCAAUUUAACCCAAUGGCAAUGCAGAAUGCGCAGAUGUCUCAGGCACCCCUGGGAGCACGUGCUCCCUCCCCCAUGAACCAUCCACAACAGAUGAACAUGAGCUCCGUCCCACCGAUGGUCAUGUCCCCAUCAAGGAUGCCUCAGACUCAAGGAAUGAUGGGUGGUCAUGCAAAUAACAUGGUUACUCAGACAGCCAAUCAGGGCCAGUUCAUGCCACAGGGCCAGUUUCCUGCAGCUGCAGGUGGAGCAAUGAAUGUGAAUGUAGGCAUGGGCCAGCCCAUAACACAGGCUGCUGUCACACAGCAGCCGCAGAACUCUAACCUCCCCUUGAAUGCACUGGGCUCCCUCGGCCCCCAGCUGCCCUGUGGCCCUGCUCCCCAGCCAACCCUGGGUGCCACCCCUCCACCCAAUGCCUCUGCCAGCCUGCAGCCUCAGCAGCAGCAGCAGCAGCCGCAGCUGCAGCAGCAGCAGCAGCACCAUGCUCCUGCGCAGGCCCAGGUGCCACCGCAGCCCUCCACCCCUGCCUCCGCGGGUGGGCCCUCUUCCACCCCAACCCAUAUACCCAGUAGCCUCCCUGGUCCCCCCUCAGCCAUGGGCACACCCCCUGACCCAUCCCAACCGCUCACACCCCUGCAGGCCCAACCCGAACCCCCCAACCAGAUGCAGCAGCCCACCUCAGUGCAGGCACAGCACCCCAGCACACCGUUAUCCCAGGCAGCAGCCAGCAUAGAUAACAGAGUGCCCACCCCAGGCUCUGUGGCUGAGCUGAGCUCCCAGCAGGCCCUGCCUGACAUGAGUGGCACUGAAGUCAAAUCUGAAGUAAAAGAUGAAGAAGAUGACAGCAGCUCUGGGAAGAAGCAGACCAGUGUAAAAAUGGAGGAUGAUGAAACCAAACCUCCACUUGUGAAGAAGGAGGAGCCAGACGCAGCAGAGCCAAAGCAGGAACCAAUGGAAACUGAGGAGAAGAAGCCGGAGAUGAAGACAGAACCCAAAGAAGAGGAGGAAAGUGGGGCCAACAGCACAUCAACCACCGCCACCACUCAGAACCGCAAAAAAAUUUUCAAGCCAGAGGAGUUGAGACAAGCCCUAAUGCCGACGCUUGAGUCCUUGUACAGGCAAGACCCAGAGUCUCUGCCCUUCAGACAACCUGUAGACCCCAUGCUACUGGGCAUCCCUGACUACUUUGACAUUGUGAAGAAUCCCAUUGACUUAUCCACUAUCAAGCGUAAGCUGGAUACUGGUCAGUACCAGGAACCUUGGCAGUAUGUGGACGAUGUGUGGCUCAUGUUCAACAAUGCCUGGCUGUACAACCGUAAAACAUCCCGUGUCUACAAGUACUGCACCAAACUGGCUGAAGUGUUCGAAGCGGAGAUAGACCCUGUCAUGCAGAGCCUGGGCUACUGCUGUGGUAGGAAGUAUGAGUUCUCACCCCAGACGCUGUGUUGCUAUGGCAAACAGUUGUGUACCAUCUCCAGGGAUGGCACCUACUACAGCUACCAGAACAGGUAUCACUUCUGUGAAAAGUGCUUCAACGAGAUCCAGGGCAACAGUGUGACCCUGGGGGAUGACCCGGCACAGCCACAGACCAUGAUAUUAAAAGAUCAGUUUGAAAAGAAGAAGAAUGACAUGUUGGACCCUGAACCGUUCAUUGAAUGUAAAGACUGUGGACGAAAGAUGCAUCAGAUCUGCGUGCUGCACUAUGACGUCAUUUGGCCAUCAGGCUUUAUCUGUGACAACUGUCUGAAGAAAUCUGGCAAAUCAAGAAAGGAAAACAAGUUCUCAGCCAGACGGUUGCAGUCUACAAGGUUAGGAACGUACAUUGAGGACAGAGUGAACAAGUACUUGAAAAGGCAGAACCACCCGGAGGCUGGUGAGGUGUUUGUGCGAGUGGUGGCCAGCUCUGACAAAACUGUGGAGGUUAAGCCUGGCAUGAAGUCUAGGUUUGUAGACUCAGGCGAGAUGGUGGAGAGUUUCCCGUACAGAACCAAAGCACUUUUUGCAUUUGAGGAAAUAGAUGGGGUGGACGUUUGUUUCUUUGGCAUGCACGUUCAGGAGUACGGCUCAGAGUGCCCCUUUCCAAACACCAGACGGGUUUACAUAUCAUACCUUGACAGUAUUCACUUCUUCAAACCACGUUUGCUAAGGACUGCAGUGUACCAUGAGAUCUUGAUAGGCUACCUGGAGUAUGUGAAGAAACUGGGGUAUGUGACUGGUCACAUCUGGGCCUGCCCACCCAGUGAGGGAGAUGACUACAUUUUCCACUGCCACCCUCCUGACCAGAAGAUCCCCAAGCCCAAGAGGCUUCAAGAGUGGUACAGAAAGAUGCUGGACAAGGCUUUCGCUGAGAGGAUCAUACAUGAUUACAAGGACAUUUUCAAGCAGGCAACAGAAGACAGGCUGACCAGUGCCUACGAGUUGCCAUACUUUGAGGGUGACUUUUGGCCUAAUGUACUGGAAGAGAGCAUCAAGGAACUGGAGCAAGAGGAGGAGGAGAGGAAGAAGGAGGAGAACACAGCCUCUUCUGAGACAACAGAGGGAGCCCACGCUGACAGCAAGAAUGCCAAAAAGAAGAAUAACAAGAAAACCAACAAAAACAAGAGCAGCGUCAGCCGAGCCAAUAAGAAAAAGCCUGGGAUGCCGAAUGUAGCUAAUGAUCUGUCCCAGAAGCUCUACGCCACAAUGGAGAAACAUAAGGAGGUAUUUUUUGUCAUCCACCUCCACGCUGGGCCAGUCAUUAACACCCUGCCACCCAUUAUGGACCCCGACCCUCUGUUGACCUGUGACCUAAUGGAUGGCCGUGAUGCCUUUCUGACUUUGGCCAGGGACAAGCACUGGGAGUUCAGCUCUCUGAGAAGAUGCAAAUGGAGCACAAUGUGCAUGUUGGUGGAGCUGCAUAACCAGGGCCAGGACCGCUUUGUGUACACUUGCAAUGAGUGCAAGCACCACGUGGAGACCCGCUGGCACUGCACUGUCUGCGAGGACUAUGACCUAUGCAUUAACUGCUACAACGCUAAGGGCCAUGAGCACCAAAUGGUUAAGUGGGGCCUGGGUAUAGAUGACGACAGCAACAGUCAGGGUGGAGAGGCCUCUAAGAGCCCUCAGGAGAGCCGACGUCUCAGCAUCCAGCGCUGCAUCCAGUCCCUGGUCCACGCCUGUCAAUGCCGCAAUGCCAACUGCUCUCUGCCUUCAUGCCAGAAGAUGAAGAGGGUAGUUCAGCACACCAAGGGCUGCAAGCGCAAGACCAAUGGUGGCUGCCCUGUGUGCAAACAGCUCAUUGCUUUGUGUUGUUAUCACGCCAAGCACUGUCAGGAGAACAAGUGUCCUGUUCCUUUCUGUCUCAACAUCAAGCACAAACUCCGUCAGCAGCAGCUGCAGCACAGGCUCCAGCAGGCUCAAAUGAUGCGCCGCAGAAUGGCCACCAUGGCUGGAAGGGGUAUGCCCAUGCCGUCUCCACCUACCUCAGCAGCCCCCGACACCCCUAACUCUGUGCCGCAGCCUAAUACACCCCAGACCCCCCAGCCCAUGCCCAACCAACCCCAACAACAGCAGCCACCAAACCCUGCCAAUAUUACCCAAGGCUUCCCCAACAAUGGCCGCAGCAGCCAGCCCCCAACACCAGUCCCACAGGGCAAACCAGGGCCUCAGUCAUCUCCUCUCCAUCAACAGCCGUCACCUCUGCCUAACAUGCCACACCAACAGCAGCCGCAGCCUCAGCCACCACAGCAGCAGCAGCAGCAGCAACCGCUGCUGGCAGCCCUAAAGGUGGCCAGACAGAUUGAGAUGGUAGCCAAGGCGAAGCAACAGCAGCAGCAGCAGCAGCAGCAACAGCAACAGCAACAGCAGCAGCAGCAGCAGCAGCAGCAGCAGAAUUAUGCCAUGAAUGGGAUGCCCAUGAACCACCCACGAAUGAUGGGGUCCAUGCAGGGCCAGAUGCAGAUGAUGCAGGGGCCACGGGGCCCCCAGGUGAUGCAGGCUAUGCAGCAAGGACAGUGGGGUCCAGGAAUGCAGAAUCCCAUGCAGAAUCCCCAGGGUCAUCAGCCGCAGGUCCCACCUCAACAAGGCCCCAUGGCCCCUCAGCAGGCUCAGGGAACUCCCAUGCCCCAGCAGGGCCAGCUCAUGCAGAGGCCCAUGAUGCCUCAGCAACAGGGUCUCCAGAUGCCUGGGGUCAUGCCUCCCCAGGGACCCUCACAGCAGGGCAUGACACCACAGCAGCAGAACAUGCCCCGGGGAAUGCCUGGCAACAUUGCUCCGAGCGCCCUGCAGGACUUACUGCGUACUCUUAAAUCUCCCAGCUCCCCCCAGCAGCAACAGCAGGUCCUCAACAUCCUCAAGUCUAACCCCCACCUCAUGGCUGCAUUCAUCAAACAGAGGACAGCAAAGUACCAGGCCAAUCAGCCACAGCAACAGCAGCAGGGGCAGCAGCAGAACCCUCAGGCCAUGCUGGGGUCCCAGGCAGGAAUGCAGGCCAUGGCAGCCAUGGCAAACCAGGUGCAGAGACCAGGGAUGGCGCCUCAGCAGCAGCCUCCUCAGCAGACAGGGCCACAGGGCAUGGCGCCCAUGGGUCCCCAAGGCCAGAUGAUGAACGCUGCUCAAAAUGGCAAUCCCCAGCUGUAUCGCAGACAGCAGCUGCUCAGGAUGCAGCAGAUGCAGCAGGCGCAGCAGCAGCAGCAGCAGCAGGGAGGCAUGCCUCAGGGCCACGGUCAGUUCCCCCAGCAGCAGCCAGGGCCAGCAAGCUAUUCCCAGCUUCGUAUGCAGCAGCAAAUGGCUAUGCAAGGAGGUGGAGGGCCCAUGGGCCAGCUUCCUCCCACAUCGCAAAUGGGCCAACCUGGUAUGGGCAUGGAUGGGCCCCAGAACCUCCUCCAGCAGCGCAUGCUUCAACAGCAACAGCAACAGCAGAUGUUGAAGCAGCAGAUGGGCUCUCCAGCACAGGCUAACUCGAUGAGUCCACAACCCCACAUGCUACAAGGCCAAGCCCAAGGAGGAGCUCACUUACCUGGCCAGACGAUGGCAAACACCCUGGGAAACCAAGUACGCUCCCCAGCCCCAGUGCAGUCACCCCGUCCGCCUUCACAGCAGCCCCCGCAUUCCAGUCCCUCCCCACGGAUACAGCCCCAGCCCUCACCCCAGCAUAGCGCCCUCCACUCCAGCUCUCCUCACCCCAGCCUUGGAGGCCCCAUGUCAGGCUCCAUGGAGCAGGGACACAUGGGAACACCGGAGCAGAGUGCCAUGCUCCCACAACUUAACACACCAAACCGAGGGGGAUUAAGUAAUGACAUGGGUAUGGUGGGUGACACGACGGGAGACACGCUGGAGAAAUUUGUUGAAGGAUUGUAGCAUUUCAUGACAGAAGAAAAAGGCCUUGUUCUGUUUUCAGCUGAGAAAUUUUUGUACUUGCUCAUGUAAAAAGCUAAAAGAAAUACAGACAAAUGAGUCAUAUGAGGCCUACAGACUGUGAACUUUCCUUAAACCAAGGGACUGCUUUUUCUUCCAACACAGAGUGAUUUAAUAAUUGCUGUUGAAAAGAAGACAACAAAGACACAAAGAAUAUAUUUUUGGUUUAGACCAGCCAUGCAAGAAUUUGCCCUGGUCUUUGUGUUGUUUUAAUUUGUUUUUCAUUUGUUAUGCUCUGGUAUUGACUUUUUUAACAAAACUUCUCAAAACAAAAAAUAUUUCACUUUAUUAUUCUUUUUUUUAUUUUGUACCUUUGCAAAUUAAUAUCGUAUUUGUGUUGAGAAGACUGUAAAAUUAUUUGUCUGGGAAUUUUUUGCCAGGUUUCACCUCUUGCUCAGUUUCUCUGUUCCUGGCUAAUUUAUUCUAAUAUGCCAUUUUUCAAAAGGACUGCCUUUGGGAAAGCCUUAAUUUCUUUCCUGUUUGCAGAGUUUAUGGGAGAUUAACGUAUUUGUAUAGAUUUAGGAAUUAUUGCACACACCCAAACACAACAUGCAGGUGUAAGAGAAACCUGCAUUGAAGCUUGUUAAUGUUCACAGGUGCCAGAAUGUUCUUUUUACUGGCCUGGGCCCAGUAUUUGUCUUGCAGAUGUUUAAAAAUUGCUUUGUCUCUCCUUCAGUCUAAAGAAAUUCUCAUUAAGUACUGAACCUCUUUUGCCUGUGGUGGGAAAUUAACUUGUUUGACUGCUGAUUUGUAUUCAGAGAGAGUUUUGUGCAUCAUUUUCUCUCUUGCAUUAAACUUGAAUUGAUGAUGAACUGUUCUCUAAUGUAAAUCAUGCAGCUAGACAGUACUGUAAAUAUGCAGAAAAUAAGAAUGAAAUCACUGUACAAACUGGUUCAAAUGGCUCAUUUCGUACUUAUAUACCAUAUUGUUAAAUAAACCUGUGUGCCACAGA